AUGUGGAAGAUUUACACGACCAUCCGCGAGGGUACGGUUCUGGGAACCCAAGGUCCGAAACUGGGACUUCUUGCACAGACGGUGGAUGCAACCUCUCUCAACCUACGCCUCCCGUGCAAGAUGGAGCGCGCCUCCUGUCUUGCAUUCACCCUGGUGACUAUUUCUCCUGAUAGCGACUUGCACGCAGUACACGUCGCAUCUUCCAUAUCAAUCCGCCUGUCUUUCAUCUCGGACGUGGCUUCCCUCGUCUGCCCGUCACUUGCUUCUUCUUUCGUUUUCACUUUCACUUCACCUGAUCCCACAGACUCUUCAAGCCUCGAUUACCUAUCCCAUCCUGGCGCUCCAUUCUCGUUCUUCGUCAUGGGAAAAAAGCAAACCCCCAGCGAAACUCUUCGCAAAGCCAAAGAGAAGUGCUCUGCACGAGACACUGGUAUUGCUGAUGGCAAACCAACUUUUCGGAAACUUGAGCCUGGAACGGAAAGAAACUAUCAGAGACAGCUAGACUUGUGGCACGAAUUCGUUCGAGAGAACCCUGAUGCGUCUCCGUAUGACUUACGCUCACUGCAGGCGUUUGUGAAAGAAAUGGCGUACGCGAUUGACGGCGCAGAAGGCAUCGAGGAGGGCUGCACGGAGACCGUGCACCACGGAAAUUUGCCACCAAAACUCACUUGCUUCACUUUGCCAGGCAACUUUGGAUGGUGGACUGGUUCGAAUAUAAAUCGCCUGCCACGAGAGUGGACGAUUGGCUAUUACUUUUGGCUAAUAAGUUCUCCUCCUCCCGAAUUGGCGAGUACAUUGAAUCCAGCUGCCGAUCGGGGAGCGGCCGCGGCCUCUACUACCGUGAUAUCACUUUUGGUGUGCUUGUCAACGAAUAUGGGAAUCCCGAAUUUGCAGUUCAACUCACUCGUGAUGCCAAAAAAAAACCGCAAAGACGCCCGAGAAAAGGUAGUUCGGGCACCGUCCACCGCGCUGUUUCCGGAAGACGGGUACUAA